AUGGGGUUUUCGUUUUAUCGAUUUUUGUUUCUUAAAUUUGGGUAAAAAGGAGCCGUACUGAUUCGCUAUCCUCUUCGUUACAAGAUCAUGCCAAAGAUUUUCUCCACUUCUCCUUCUCCUCGAAAACACAGUCUAUUCCUGCCACUCAUUUUCCUACUUCACAUUUCCUUCAAUAAGAGAAGCCAGGAAACGUUUCUCUCCCUGAAAUUAUAUCUAUAAAUGCAGAAAAGGACGUAUGCAUAGCUUCAAAACAACUCAUGCUACUGUUCCUCAUCACGCAAUGUAUUGCCAGCCUUCCUUCUUUUUCCGAGGAGAAGAUGGUGUGCGCAACCAGAAUCGUAUUGUGGAUCUUGGUGAGCUUGAUCAAUCAGCUUCUGCCUUCCGUCACGACGAUGCGGUUGAUUUAAGUCCAAGUUCCAUGUUCAGUUUAAAAUCCGGUAAUGUCACUGUUGUUCCCAAUCACUUUCACUAUGCUGCCUUGAAUACGAGCAUUAUUGGGUCUGCAGAGAUAAGUCCAAGAGGAGCAGGGUAUUUGGACCCAGGGCAAUUCAUGUACCAGAAGGGGACUGGACUUGGUGCUUCGUUGGGAAACGGGCAUAUUGAGAACUGGGGAGACUCAGGCAUGGCAGACAACAGCCAGCAGACUGACACUUCCACAGAUGUUGAUACUGAUGAAAAAUCCCAGCACCAUGGAGUUCAGCAUGGAUCCCUGGUGGUUGUGGAUUCUGUGGAUCAGUCCAACACCAAAGUUGGGGAUCAGAAGGUUAUGCUUCGCAGACUGGCUCAGAAUCGAGAAGCUGCCAGGAAGAGCCGACUUAGAAAGAAAGCUUAUGUCCAGCAGCUCGAGAACAGUCGAGUCAGGCUCAUGCAAUUAGAGCAAGAGCUUCAGCGAGCACGUCAGCAGGGUAUGUUUUUGCCAAAUGGGUUAUCAGGGGAUCAUGGCAAUUCACAAGCUGGAAAUGGGGCCCUAGCAUUUGACAUGGAUUAUGCACACUGGGUUGAUGAACAUCAACGGCUGAUCAAUGAACUUAGAUUCGCUGUUAAUUCUCAAAUGGGUGAUGAUGAAUUGCGUGCUCAUGUUGAUAGCAUAAUGUCACAUUAUGAUGAAAUAUUCAGGCUAAAGAGCAUUGGGACAAAGGCCGAUGUAUUUCACAUGCUUUCUGGCAUGUGGAAGACACCUGCUGAGAGAUGUUUCAUGUGGUUGGGUGGGUUCCGUUCGUCUGAACUCCUAAAGAUACUUGGGAAUCACCUUGAACCAUUGACAGAUCACCAGGUAAUGGGCAUUUGUAAUCUACGGCAGUCCUCCCAGCAGGCUGAAGAUGCAUUAUCUCAAGGAAUGGAGGCUUUGCAACAAUCGCUAGUAGACACUCUUUCUUCUGCUUCGUUGGGACCUAGUGGUACCGGAAAUGUUGCUGACUACAUGGGUCACAUGGCAAUUGCAAUGGGCAAGCUUGCAACAUUAGAGAACUUCAUUCAUCAGGCUGACCUUUUGAGGCAUCAAACUUUGCAACAAAUGCAUCGGAUAUUGACGACACGCCAGGCUGCUCGUGCUCUUCUUGUUAUCUGUGAUUACACUUCGCGUCUCAGGGCACUCAGCUCAUUGUGGUUAGCUCGUCCAAGGGAGUGAAAAUCUAAUGUUACAGCUCCAAUUCUCCCUCCAACUGAUGAAGCUGAAGCUAAGACUAGGAAUCAUACUUGAUUUUUGUUACUGCACUUGUAAUUGGCCCAUGGUUCCAGGUAACUAUAUGCACCUUGCUUACAUAACAAGGUUAUUAUUCACGGGAAUCGUGUAAGCUAGUAAACCUGAUUAGUUGUUACUAUGCAAUACUAACUUUAGUAGAUAGGGAUGAUGCUUUGUAGCAUAAUUUAAGUGUAAGAACUAAAUUUUCUGCUAAUAUGCCAGUAGUUUCG